GUGUGUCCAACAUCCUCUCUGCUCCACUACUUCUCAAACAUUCGGAACCUAAAUCUUCCCCAUGUGCUUUUUAAUGCUUAUCCGUAAGAUAGGAAGCGACGCAGCGAAGUGAAGUUGAGGGGGUCACCGAACUGGCAGCGUGGAAGGUGUUUGGUUGAUGUUAUUUCUUCUUCGGCCCGGUAAUCCCAGUUAACCAGGAAAAUUGCUUGGUGUGGCUGUGUCGGGGGGAAGGCUCGGGAAGAGGAGAAGCUCUUGGAUAUGAUGACUGACAAACAAGCGAUCACCGAGAACAUAAUAACAGAUGAGAUGGCUAACCCUUCUCCAGCAAAAAGCAUGGGUGACCCUGGAAUCACCCCACUGUCUCCUUCACACAUUCAGAAUGACACGGACCAGGUACGCUCAGAGCCGUCCUUUGUGGUGGUGGUUGCCAUCGACUUUGGCACCACGUCCAGCGGUUAUGCUUACGCCUUCACCAAGGAGCCAGAGUGCAUUCACACCAUGAGGCGUUGGGAAGGUGGAGACCCUGGUGUGUCCAAUCAGAAGACUCCAACCACAAUCCUGCUGACUCCAGACAGGAAGUUCCACAGUUUUGGCUAUGCGGCACGUGACUUCUACCAUGACCUAGACCCCAGCGAAUCUAAGCACUGGCUCUACCUGGAAAAAUUUAAAAUGAAGCUUCAUACCACUGCAAAUCUGUCCAUUGACACAGAUCUGCACGCAGCCAAUGGGAAGCGAGUCAAAGCCCUGGAUAUCUUUGCAUAUGCAUUAGCCUUCUUUAAGGAGCAAGCACUGAAGGAGCUGAGUGACCAGACAGGCGGCGACUUUGACAACAAUGACGUGAGAUGGGUGAUCACGGUUCCUGCCAUUUGGAAAAUGCCUGCAAAGCAGUUCAUGAGGGAAGCUGCUUAUAAGUCUGGUCUGGUGUCCCGUGAAAACCCGGAGCAGCUGAUCAUUGCCUUGGAACCCGAAGCAGCAUCAAUCUACUGCCGCAAGCUCCGCCUCCACCAGAUGGUGGACCUGGGGACCCAGACGACGCAGAACGGCUUCAGCCCCACUGACAACGUGGGGAGCGGAAUGACCCAAGUUUCCCCAGGUCAUGCAGCUAAGGAGCAUGUUCGGCGCAACCGGCAGAGCCGCACCUUUUUGGUGGAAAAUGUCAUAGGGGAGCUUUGGUCGGAGCUGGAAGAAGGUGACCGUUACGUAGUGGUGGACUGUGGUGGAGGGACAGUGGACCUGACUGUUCAUCAGAUCCGUCUUCCAGAGGGACAUCUAAAGGAGCUUUACAAGGCCUCAGGUGGCCCCUAUGGCUCUAUUGGGAUUGACUAUGAAUUUGAGAAGCUGCUGUGUAAGAUCUUUGGCCAGGAUUUCGUCGACCAGUUUAAGAUAAAGAGGCCGGCUGCCUGGGUGGACCUGAUGAUUGCAUUUGAGUCUCGGAAGAGAGCGGCGGCCCCUGACAGAACUAACCCACUCAAUAUUAACCUACCCUUCUCCUUCAUUGACUACUACAAGAAGUUCAGGGGGCACAGUGUGGAACACGCCCUGCGCAAAAGCAAUGUGGAUUUUGUUAAAUGGUCAUCUCAGGGGAUGCUGAGGAUGAGUCCAGAUGCUAUGAAUUCCCUCUUCAAGCCUACCAUAGACCACAUCAUCCAACACCUCACCGAGCUCUUUGAGAAGCCAGAGGUGAGCAACAUUAAGUUCCUGUUCCUAGUGGGUGGGUUUGCUGAGUCACCUCUGCUGCAGCAAGCUGUCCAGAACAUGCUCCAGGGCCGCAGCCGCAUCAUCAUACCACACGACGUUGGCCUCACCAUCCUGAAAGGUGCUGUGCUGUUUGGGCUGGACCCCAGUGUCAUUAAAGUCCGCCGCUCACCCCUCACAUACGGCGUAGGUGUCCUUAACCGCUUUGUGGAGGGCAAACACCCGCCUGAGAAGCUGCUGGUGAAGGAUGGCACUCGCUGGUGCACUGAUGUUUUCGACACAUUCAUCGCAGCCGACCAGUCUGUGGCACUGGGUGAGAUGGUGAAACGGAGCUACACCCCAGCCAAGCCUUCCCAGCAGGUUAUUGUCAUCCACGUGUAUUGCUCCGAGAGGGAGAAUGUGAGCUUCAUCAGCGAGCCUGGCGUCAAGAAGUGUGGCACACUUCGCUUGGAUGUGAGCGGAACGGAAAGCACAGCACUGCGCCGCGAGAUCCAGACGCUCAUGCAGUUUGGUGACACUGAGAUUCGUGCUAUGGCGGUGGAUGUGUCCACCGGACGCACUGUGAAAGCUAGCAUUGACUUCCUGAGCCAUUAAGUAGGCCAUGAGAGAGCUAAUGUUGCAGAAUUAUUGAAUUGGUUGGCUUUCACACACACACACACACACACACACACACACACACACACACACAAAGCUGGGGUCAGUUACUGAGAAGUGGUUAACGAUAAUGAAUCUCAAAGUGCAUACACUCUUGGUUUAAACAUCGAGGGUUGAAAGCUUGAAACAAAGUUUUACACUUUAGAAUUCAUGUUAUGAGAGGUUAUUAGAGGUCUUCAUGGCUCCAGAAUUUUGGAACUGGCCCAAAACAAAUCUAAUUCUAAUUCCCAAAAAAAGCCCUUUAAAUCUUAAAAUGAGCUCGACUCCCAUUCCCUCGUUAACAGUUGUCAUUCUAUGUAUCACCUCCAAAUAUACUUAUCAGUAUUUUCUCAGGGCUGUCGGGAUCCACUCGAGUAUUGGACACAUUCACACGCUGUCCCGAGACCCACAGUGGUAAUAGUGGACCCCAUUAGACUGAGCACAGUUUGGACUUGAUCCCUUUGACGAGUCUCGGUUCCUCAAACCUAAGCGACCCAUGAAGACCUCUCAGAGCUGCCUUUCCACUAUUGGAACCUAAUGAGCAGUAUACUCUGUAAUUCGCCCUGCAUAACCUUCUGGUUUGUCGCGGGCCAUCCUGCUUUGUUUCUCCACUGUGUUUUCUCUGUUUAGAGGAGGGAGGGGCUCUGCACCACACACAUGCAUUCAGCUUAGCAGAGCGUGAACACACAACUUGAAGGAUCACACACUGGAGACUGGACUGCCAGCUCCACUUCAAAGUUUUGAGGCUGCCAUAGCAGUUAUUGGGCUUUUUAAUAGCCUAACUCUCAGUUAGUGUAGAUCAGAACGACAGAAUCAGAUUUUUCCAUCGUUAUUAAAAAAAUUCCAUCAAUGACGGAAAAUAUUUUGUUAACGUAACCUCUGGGUCCUUGUUUUUCCUCUACUCACCUGUACUGAUGACGCUUGAGGUGACACAACACAGAUGUAACCAAUCACAGGUGACUGCUCUGCAUGCAUGCCCCCCCCCCCUGAAAUUUUGUUCCCAGAAUGCAGGCUGAGGCAGAGCACAGUGGAAACAAAUGCAGAACCUGUUACGAGCGCUAGCUUUUGGCAGGUUCCUCUAAUGGAAAACCCCCUCAGGUGACUUCAGUAUGUUUUCAGUUCAUCACUUCAAUCCAUCCCUGUAGUUUGUUAGAUGAGAGCUCGUUGACAGCACAGAUACAGGCCUUCUCAGUGUUGAUGCUUGAGCACUAUUCAGCCAUAAUGUAUUACAGAGGAAAGGCUCUUGAAGCAAGAAAAAAACAAGCUAUAUAAGAUAAUAUUCCUACAUAACCAAGGUGAAUAUGCAGACAGAAAACAUCUUUAUAUGUCUCACUUUCUUUACUGAUCGACAGAUCAUUGUGUAUCGCUAAUGAUGCUGAUUUGGCUGUUUGGUUGCUUCAUGUGGUAUAUGUGCACUACAAAACAUUUUGUGUGGUGACAGUAUAAAAAGGUCAUAAUAACAUGCCUUGAGGAUUUGAUGGAAGGUCUGCUCAUGUUCUUCAAAGCUUCCAGCUCGAUAUUCCCCUUCACUGCUGUGCUGAGAGUCACAGCGUGGUUUUGCAUGAUUCCGCCCUUUAAACUGUAAACUAGUAACAUGUUACCCUACUGCCAUCCAUGUUCCACAGCAUACCAUUUUAUUAGCUCCACCAAGGCUAGGGGCAGUGUCUUUACUAGCAUUUGUUUGUUGGUUUGGUAACAACAUAACUCAAAGUAAUGCAUUUUAUACCCCACCGAACAGUCCGUUACAUUCUGGUGCUGAUCUGUAUCAUCAUCUGGAUCCAGGAAUUUUUUGAAAGGAUUCUUCACCAUUGUGAGUGUUGCUGUUUGCAAUAGGGUACAUAAUGAAAACCUGACAGGCAUCGCUAGUAGAGGCAAGAGGGGGGCUAGUUGGACUUGGUGCAAACGUCGACAAGAGUGCGAGCCUUCUGUGGCUGUGUAAAACAUAUCAGCGAUGGGUGAAGAUGGGACCAGGAGCUGAAUUGGGGCCACCUGUGGGGGAAGUAAAACAAGCUUUAAACAGCACAUAUCUGUACACAACAGAUGCAUAAUAUCACCUCUUAAAACUGAUAUGAUUAACACAUUAGCAAACAACUCGUCAUUCACAGGAGACAGCGUUGGCAUUGUUUUAAAGUUGUGUUGAGCACCCAUAUUCACUCGGGUAUGAUCUCUAACUCGUAGGCUGCUAAAUGCUUCGUUAUGUUCAGGAGAGAGUGCCUAGCUAUGUCUGCUGUUUGGCGUGGAGCAGGUAUUCUGGGGUUUAUCAGUCUUUUCACUGGGACCAGCUGCUCUGGGCGAUGAGUAGUUUGAGAGUGCGCCAAACCAUAAGAAUGUGGGCCGUAAAACCAAAACAAUGUGCUAAACCCCUCCAUGGAGCUGAAGGAAACUGCACUUGUGUAACAUUGUUUUUAUAUUUCACAGUCAUGUACAGAUAGUUUUUGUUUUUAGCUUGUUGAUAACAAUUCCCACUCAGCCCGACUAGCCCCUUUAUGGCUGUUUAAAAUGGAACAGCUUUAGAGGAAGACAGGAGAUUUACAUUUCGCAUGUUCGACAGUUUGUACAUACUCCCUUGUUGCACUCGGGGCAACAAACACUGUGCAUGGUAGGAGAACCCACCUUAAAAACCUAGCCUUUUUACUGGUUUAGCACCAGGUGUGUGACACAUCUUUACUACAGUACAUCACAUAUUGGUACAAAAUGACAGAGCAUUGUACAGUACUCCACAGUACUGGAGCAUAUGAGGUGCUAGCAUCCUAACUUUUGAAAACUGAAACCAGUCUAAAACACCACAGUUUGGAGAAUUGCUGACAAUAAUGUUUAGUAUAGUUUUAAUAAAUUGACUAAGUCAUGUAGAACCACCAGUACACGAUUACUAGAAAUUUUCCACAAUUAAAUCUAAAUCUAAAAAUGUGAGAAGUGCUGCGAGUGCAAUCUGAAAAGCAAGUUCAGAAUCAAAUGUGCUUAAUUGUUGCCUUUCUUUGUUUGAGCUUUAGAUGUGGGCGAAAUGCCACUCGCCCGCUUGAAUAUGUUGACGGCAGGGGUGACUCUGCACCGAGGUGCAGGCCAGUCGAGACUGAUGUUUAUUUCUGUAAAUACAAUAACUAAAUAUUGUACAGAUUUUUAGCAUUGUUUUAGCAGCUUUAGAGCCAAGAAUAUGUGUGUGCGUGUGUGUCUCUGUCAGUUGGCCUGUCUGUGUGCACUGAAUGCAUGCUUUCACAUCUCCGCCUGUUUUCCUCAUCAGCCAUAGCAUGAGAGGCCAAGACAGAUUUGAUCGCCUUGUUCAUUCAAAGUCGGAGGCUGGAUGUGUCUCCUGCUACCCUUUUUUGUUCAUUUUUGCAAUCACAAAAUAAACGUGAAUACCUCUGUCCUUUCAGUGGACAAGUCUGCUGUGAGGCUGUUUGUGGUAGCAGCAUCUCAGUGUGUCCAGGCCCCUCUUCCAUCCAACCUGCAGUACGUUCUGUAGGUAGUUCAAAAUGAUGUGUUACCUUUAGAAAACUAUGUAUGCUUCCACCCUACUGCUAAGAAGAGCCAUUGAAUUUAGCAGAAAUUAUUGUUUUUGUGUUAAAAACUGGAGGUCAGUGAUAAUCAAGUAGAGUAAAAA